AAAUAAUCUCGGUUGCUGAAACGCCUAUUAAUAUUUUCUUUCUUCUACCUCUUCGAUCGUUAGCAUUAAAAAUUGGCAUCUUCGUCGUCGACGCUGGUCGCUAUGCUAUAUUUUCUUCCUUCUCCGGCUCGCGUCAUGAUUCUACUCGACGUCAUCUCUAAUCCGAGCUAUUACGUCUGAGAAGAAACCCUAAUCCCUCAUCAAAUAUUUCAUUUCCAUUGCACUCUAUUUUAAAAUCAGAGGAAGCGAGAGUCGGAUUUAUGUCCCAGCAUCAAUCUAGGGCUGAAAAGACCGAGGGACAUCUCAGGAAACCAGGCCGAGCGGGAAGCUUUGGGCAGCACAGGAGCUUCUCCGGCGGUGGAAAGGGUGGCGGCAGAGGAGGCGGCGGCGGUGCCCCGGCUCCUGCGUUCUCGGUCGCUACUGCUGCUGCGCCCCCGUCCUUAACAUCUCAUGCCUUACCCGCUAACCGAAGCAUCAAGAAAUCUGAUAAUGGUCCGGGAGCGCAGUCUAGCGAAAGCACGGUGAGCUCCAACUCAAAUGCCGCAUACAGAACUGGAAAUGACGGAGCUUAUUCUACGGUCCUUUCUAAUGGGUCCUCUGCUAGGCCUGCAAUUGUUGAUGUUAAACCAGAAGACCCACCUAAUAGUCAGAAAAUUGGCAGAGCAGCUCCUAAAUCUGUGGGUGCUAUGCCUCAUGCUGUUUCUGAUGCUGCUGGAUCGUCUGCCCAAACUAAAGGUGAUACAUUUGGAGCUUUUCUUCAGUUUGGAACCAUCAAUCCUGGGAUUGUAAAUGGCAUGCAG